UAUUAGUUUAGAGGCUAACGACCAGUUCGUCGAUAUCCAAAGGACCGAACAAGGAUUAACACAUGGGGUGGAUUUUGCAAAACGAGGCAAAACCAGACUUUGCUGCUUCCGUACCAGCCGUUGGAUCAUCUUCUUUAUGGCCUUUGCUAAAGCAACUCCUGUUGAUAAUAAUGAUGAAGACAUCCUCAAACGUGCUGUCUUCGUGAAAUGUGGAGGCGUAGAUUGUAAUCUAAAUGGACGUAAAUGUUGUGACUCACCACCAACAUGUGUCAGAAAGUCUCAACCAUGUCCUAAACCUGGAGGUGGAAAUCAAUAA